GGCGCAACCCAAACCUGGCGGUCGCAGACGGCACGCCGCUAAGGCUUUACGGAUCGAAGACGCUGGCGCUUUACAUAGCAGGUGACAGUUGCAUCAUUAUGGAGUUCCAGGUCACUGACGUGAAGCAGCCAAUCAUGAGCGCGGGCAAGUUCUGCAGCAGGGUGGAGAAUCGCGUGGCCUGGCACGACGGCAAAGGCUGGCUGCUGAAGCACGAGGCGGCAGGAUUGGUCAAGCAUACGAAGAUCAACCACUUUUACGCACUGGAGUGUUGGACCAAGCUGUGCGAUGACAUGGAGGAGGUGAAGAGGACGAAGACGGAGACGCAGUCCAGCGAGCACUGGCAGGAGGACCACGAGUGCUACCAUCAGGAGAGCGGCAGCAACCGCAGGUCGCAUCUCGAGGUGACGCACUACCCAGCUGAACCAUGGUGUGAGAUCUGCAUUCAGGCGAAGGCCAACGGCAUAGCCGACAGGAAGAAGGAUAGACGCAACGAGUUGAUCCUACUGCUGAGCUUCGACUACUGCCAGGCGGGCACCGAGGGGGGCCCCGUCAACUUCGAGUUCGUAGUGGGCAGCGACGCUUCGACAGGGGGCAUCUGGAGCACGGCCAUCAUCCAGAAAGGUCGAGACGACGUCUACACAGUGGCCUCGGCGGUUUCGUGGCUAGCCGAACUGGGACACUCACGAGUGGAACUACAAGCAGGAGGAGCAGCCGAGUUCUUAUUCAUCAUGGCAGUCAGGGCCAGGGCGAUCAAAGACGGCAUCUGCGAGACGAUCCUCAUGCGGCAGUUGGGGAGGUACAGCAGCCAGGCGAACGGCAGGGCCGGGGGGCCAUCCAGACUGAGGAAGCAAGCGAGGGCGUUGAUGCUGCAGGUCAACAAGAAGCUGAACCACGACCUCAAGCCCGACUCCCC